AUGAGACCCUCACACAAACUCAUCGCCAUCUUCACACUUGCUAGUUGUGGAACAUACACGUUCAAACGACACCUUAUAGGGCAAGCACUCGCCGAGACACCAGGAGACGAACCGCCUGUCAUGUUCAGUGGUUUCAAGCCGACUUCUCUGCGAGUACAAAGCGUCAAAUCACUCAGUCACGACACUAAAUGCCUCAGAUUCGAGUACCCGAAUCAAACAUGGACCAGUGGGUUACAGUUGACCUACCAGCGCGGCUUCCUCGACCUUGUUGUCAAGAAAUAUCCCCACGGGAAGGUUUCUUCACACUUGCAUUCUCUGAAGCCAGGCGACUCUCUCUACUUCCUCGGCCCCUUGCCCGGUUAUUCGUGGUCCGCAACGACUGCUAGCACGCAUUCGCAGAUCUACCUUAUCGCUGGUGGCUUGGGUAUCACUCCCGCCUACCAACUCGCCCGGGGCAUCCUAGAGGGAAACCCGGAUGGCCAUACCCGAUUACAAGUGGUAUUCGGGGCUAACUCCGUGCAAGACCUUGUGCUGAAGGAGGAUUUAGAUGCCCUGCAGCGUAGAUAUCCCGAUCGGCUACAAAUGCAUUAUCUGGUGAGCGAGGCGGGGCCCUCAACAGAAGAAGAGGGGGAGAAGGACGUGACUUAUGGGGCACGGGUGACUGUAGGUCUUUUGCAGCAGGUAUUUGGGGGGGAACGACAAAAAACUGAGAAAGUGCUCGUCUGUGGGCCUCCGCCGAUGGAGAAAGCCUUGGUGGGAGAAAAGGCUAGCGGACGAGGGAUCCUUGAGGAGCUAGGGUUCGAGAAAGAUCAGAUCCACAUUUUCUGA